AUGUUCAGGACGACGCUCACACAAAGGACGACGAACUUUUCGAGACUCCAUCAAAACGUACUCCACAAAGCACUCCUCGUGACACCCACACGCAGCGGCGCGAUGAUGAUGUUGAGUGGCAAGUAUACGACGCACAUUCGAGCGCUUUCGGGAAUGUCCGCCUCGUCGUCGUCGUCGUCGUCUGAAUCGUCUGAAUCGUCUCUCGGGAAAAGUGUCCCGUCCUCUGUCUCCUUCUCGUCGUCGUCACGACAAAUUGUACGUGGCGUUAUCUCCUCCUCCACCACCUCCAAAAAUCAUCAUCAUCAUCAUCAUCAUCAUCAUCAUCCGUUACGAUCGACGACGAGCGCGCGAGCCUCUGUCUCCUCCUCAUCAAUCGUCCGAUUUAAUAACACGACGACGAAUUCGACGAGGAGGAGUCGCGCGAUUCAAUCCAUCUCUCUGAAAGAUGAUUGUAACAACACGAGUAGAAAAGGUACGACGACGAGGAGAUCAAACAACUCGAUUCGAUUACUCGCCACAGAGAGUGAAAAUGGGUCCUCCUCUCAAACUGCUGACGUCGAAAAAAAAAAUACCGCAGAGAAAAAAAAAUCAAAUUACCCGAAACUUCACGUGCAAACGAACGGGAGGGUGGUCGCGAUUGGCGACUUACACGGCGACAUUCAACAAGCGCGAAGAGCGUUACGGAUUGCCGGAGUGCUCGGUAAAGACGACGACGAUAACGUGAAUCCUCAGUGGGUGGGCGGCGAUACGGUGCUCGUGCAAGUCGGAGACGUGUUGGAUCGAGGCGACGACGAGAUUGGGAUUUUGAUUUUACUGCAAAAGUUAGGGAAAGCGGCGAGGAAAGCGGGAGGAGAUGUGUUUGUUUUGAACGGGAAUCACGAAGUUUUGAACAUUUCCGGAGAUUUCCGGUACGUCUCUCGAGGCGCGUUCCACGAAUCGAUGCGCUUUUCGGACCACUUGGUGAAGUUGUUUGGUAAAGACGCCGUUCCCGGGAGAAGAAGAAGACGAUCGUCCAAACAAGAAGAUGGCGAAGAAGAAGAAGAAGAAGAAGAAGAAGAAGACGAAAUGGACGAGUGGAGAAAACAGACGAACGCUAGGGUUGGUUUGUUCUCACCGGGCGGACCGUUGGCGCAACAACUGUCCAUGCACAAUACGGUGUUGAUCGUCAACGAUACCGUAUUCGCGCACGGAGGAUUGGUGCCUAGACACGUUGAUUUUGGAUUAGAUAAGUUGAACAAGAGCGUUUCGGAAUGGAUGCGCGGUAAACGGAUCGAAGACGAGGAUACGAAAGUGGCUUUAGGGAUGGCAAUUGGCGGCGUGAAGGAUUCUGUAGUUUGGCACCGAGCGUACGGGACAGAACAUUACGCCACGAAUACGGAACGAACGAACGCGUGCACGUUAUUAUCGAGAACUUUAGAGAAGAUCAACGAAAUCGAAGGCAUUCCUGUGAAACGUUUGGUAGUAGGGCACACCCCGCAAAUGCAAGGAGCGAAUUGCGAGUGCGACGGGAAAAUUUGGAGAGUUGACGUCGGCAUGUCUUUCGGCGUUUUAGGCGCAAACCCGCAAGUGUUGGAGAUUAUCGGUGACGAGGUAAAGAUCUUAACGAGAGAAGUACCGGUGACCAUGUCUAAGUUAUAA